UGCGAGGGUUAUUCUUUAUUUUUUCCUAAUUCAAUCUCGGAUUGUCGUGACAGGAUCCGAAAAGAAUCCGAUCCGUUCCCGAAAUCAUUUUCCCAGUACGCGCUCCGUCUUCGUCCCAAUUCCGAUUUCGGCGGCGGAUUCGGAAAUGGCGCUCGUGGCCCAGUGCUGGAAGCGGCUCCUCGCCGGCGGAGGUGGCGCGGCCGCCCCUCCGCCGCUCCUCCACCGUCUCUACGCCGCGAGAUCUUACAGCGCUCAGUAUGAAGUGAAGGUGGGUAUCCCGGAGUUCUUGAAGGGGGUGGGGAACGGAGUGGAUGCCCACGCCCCGAAGCUGGAGGCCGAGAUCGGGGACUUCCAGAAGCUUCUUGUCACAAGAACCCUCCGCCUCAAGAAGCUCGGCAUCCCUUGCAAACACAGGAAACUGAUUUUGAAAUACACUCAAAAGUAUAGGCUGGGUCUCUGGAGACCUCGAGCUUUGAACUGAACCUCCAAACCAUGAUCAGCUUAAUUUUGAAGUUUGAAGCAACCAUUUUGAAAGUAAUAUCAAACUGUUUGUCUCCAACUAGAAUGCAUGUGAGGCAGUAGGUAUAUUUUUGUGUUAUGUCAGCCAGUUAGAAUAUUUUCAGAUGAAAAGAAGUGUAAGUCCUAAUUUUAUGAUCACAAGUUGCCAUUUGACUGAAUAAUAUGAAGUAUGUUUUGUCAAGUCAAUUUCUUAAAGCAUGCCAACUGUUCGGGCAAUUUGAUCAUUGUAGUCCCAUCAAAGUCUGUUUGGCCUAAGUACAGUCCUUUACAGUUAAGCUUACAAAAUUUGUAUGGGUGCGAAGAUCUUUGUCUAAAAAGACAUUGAUAUCUAUGUAUCUGCAUUUUUGUUAUAUGUGCCUUCUUUUCUAUUAAA